UCCACUUUAACUAGGUAUUUCUCUUCGUAAUAAAGUACAAAAAAACUCUCUUAAUUGAUAACAGUACUACAUCCUCAUUACAUGUGCAACAGAUGUGACAAUUUCCAGCGGAAAGGCAAUAGCCGAUAAAGCUAUUGACUCUUCCACGCCAGACGAAGAGUAUCUUAUCAGAGACACUUGUUUUUUUUUUACAAACCAAACAAUAAUCAGCCGUUGACAAGUGUUUUUUACCACUUAUUUUUGUACUUCUCAUAAUAAAACCAAAAUAAAACAACUCUUAACAAACAGUAAGCAUGUCUCUUGCUCUGGGUGAAUCUGUUAUGUGGCGGAAAGUGUGUCUCUUAUCAUGCUGUCAGCUUCUGUUUGGUGAUUAAUCUGUGAUUACACUCAAGAGCUCUCCCGGUGACCACAAUAGCGGUGGUGUCCGACUCAAUUAGUCCACCAGUGUAAGUCGAGGCGUCGCAGUGAUCUACAGGUACGAUGGACACGCGUCAAGAUAUUUACCUUGCCAAGCUAAAACAUGUAACAGUUCGUCCGGCAACUGCUGGUUCGCUCGAGGAAGAGAUAAACCGUAUCAUCAAGGCAGGUGCACGAGAACACCCACUUCAUUUGCUCAAUCUAGACGAUCUGGUAAGAAAGCAUCUGAUCUGGCUAAGGUCUAUGCCGCGAGUGACCCCAUUCUACGCUGUCAAGUGCAACGAUGAUCCAUCAAUUCUGGCAACGCUAGCGGCACUAGGAACUGGAUUCGAUUGUGCAUCUGAGGCGGAGAUCCGCACAAUUCUGGCCCUUGGCGUUACACCCGAUCGCAUCAUCUUUGCCCAUCCGAUCAAAUCUGUGCAAGCGCUGGCAUUCGCUAAAGCCCAAGAUAUCCGGCGUAUGACGUUCGAUAAUGAGUGUGAACUGGAGAAGGUAGCACGAGAAUACCCGGAAGCGGAACUUGUGUUACGUAUCCGCCACGAUUCGGAUCGAGUUUUGAUUGCCUUGGGCAAAAAGUUUGGUUGCGAUGCGCGCGGUAAUGGACGGCGAUUGUUGGCACGUGCCAAGGAACUCGGUGUCACGGUGAUUGGCGUUAGCUUCCACGUUGGAUGUGGAAGUUUGGAUGCGGAUUGUUUCUAUCACGCAAUUGAAUCCGCUCGCUCGGUGUUUGAUUAUGCGCGGGACGAGCUAGGGAUGCGUUUAUGGCUGCUGGAUGUAGGUGGUGGAUUUCCCGGAGAUAACGAUAAACCGAUCGAUGAGUACGCCCAAGCUGUAUCCCGCGGGUUGGAUGAUUUUUUCCCGGAAGAGAAAGACACUGUGUACGUUUUGGGUGAACCAGGACGCUUUUAUGUGGGAUCGGCUGUAACGCUACUUACCACCGUCCAGGGUAAGAAGGUGGUACGGGACGAAGUUGGCAAUGUGCAACAGAUGAUGUACUACAUCAACGAUGGUGUGUUUGGAACGCUUUUCGAUUGGCUUAGUCUGCGAGAGAUUAAGGAUCUAAAGCGUGCGGUUCCGUUGGUUCGAAGUGAGCGACAACACGAGCGUAUGUUCCCGACCACCAUUUGGGGACCUACCUGUGACUCGACGGAUAUCGUGUGCGAAGAUGUGGAGUAUCCGGAACAUCACAUAGGCGACUACAUCGUGUUUGAGAAUCUCGGUGCGUACGGUAUGACAUUUGCGACCAAUUUUAACGGAUUCCCGAAGCCAACAGUGCAGGUGUACGUGAAGGAAGAGACGUGGGCCAUGCUUCACUCGAUCGCCAGCACGGACUGGAAGCAGAAAACACUCACCUUUUACGAGAGCAUCCGGGCAAAAAGCUCACUACCAGCGCUCACCGCACAGCUUUAAAUUGUGUUGCAUUGUGUUCUUGUUUGUAUCUUUGUGUGUGUGUGUUUUUUUAAAAUAAAACAACCCUCAAGUAUAGUGAAAUCCCAAAAUGGGAAUUUCAAAACUAACUAACCACGGAUAGUAUUCCAUUUGCCAUUACCCGCCUGAGCAAGUCACCGUCUGUCUGGUUUUUGUGAAUUGGUCGCUGGCUGGCUGCACGGAGAUAGAUAAAUUUCAAGUGGCAGAGUACCUUCGGCUUGGACUGAAUCUAUUUCCGUCCUUUCGGUAAACCCAACCAUACCCCAGCUACCCUACAACCACUUCUACUAUACUUCCAUUUUUAUGUUUACACCAGCACCACCAACACGAGGACGGGAGUAUCCUUUCUUUCCAACAAAUUUUCUAUUCCAGUACUACUGUUUUUUUUUUAUAUGCUUUAUUCAGUACCAUCAAGUAGUACUGCGAGUCAAAAGUGGCUCCGAAUUUACUUUCAAGUACACUUUCCGUUUUGCUUCAUUUUUAUUUAUCAUUUUACUUUACGGAGGCGAACGAACGGGAUUGUGGGUCGUGUGGACGUUUGCGAGCGCUUUCUUCAAUUUCUUUUCGUAACAUAAAACCAAACCUUUCUGCAAAAUCGUAUCGGUGGUACCAUACGGUGAAGAAGAUGGUGAA